AGUCAUUGCCAAAUUUGUGAUUGAAUAUUAUUAUUAGAAAUAUUUGGGAAAAGUUGGUUCUCAAAAAUACAUUUACUAACCGUGACAAUUUGCAGCAGAACUAAAAGCCCUCUACAGCCAAAAUGGAGGAUGAAAAGCUUUCGGUUGGCAAAAGCCUUGGCCAGUGUUGCGGAAAUCAUUGGAAAGGCAAGGCGGCCGUUAUUAUACCAAUAUUGUUGUUACCCCUUCUAAUACAUGGAUACAGGGCAAACUCACAGGAAUUCAAAUGCAUGUAUCUAGUGGGAAAUAUGGCAAUUUUUUGGAUAACUGAAUGCAUACCACUAUAUAUGACAUCGAUACUUCCAGUUGUUUUUCUACCAAUUUUCGGAAUUUUGGAUUCAAAUACCACUUGUAGUCUAUACUUUACGGAUACACUAGUUAUGUUUUUAGGAGGCCUUUUUAUAGCACUGGCCAUUGAAUAUAGUAAUCUGCAUCAACGCAUCGCACUGGGAACUAUUAUGGUUGUCGGUUGUAGUCCGCGGCGCUUACAUUGCGGGUUGAUCACGGUAACGUGCUUUAUAUCAUUGUGGAUAUCCAAUUCUGCGGCCACAGCCAUGAUGUGUCCCAUUGUAAAGGCGGUACUUAACGAAAUGGAGGCCCAAAAUAUCUUCGCUGUCUACAUGACACAGGAAGAGGAGCCUGUCGAGGAGGGAGAAAAACCGCAUCCUUCCAAAAUAUCAAUGGCAUUUUACUUUGGCAUUGCCUAUGCCUCCACAAUUGGUGGUUGCGGAACUCUCAUUGGCACAGGAACAAACUUAACCUUCAAGGGUCUAUAUGAUUCCCGCUUUCCCAUGUCUAAAGAGGCUGUUGAUUUUCCCAUAUUCAUGGCGUACUCGAUCCCCUUAAUUGUGAUAGUUAAUACGAUCUUAUUAUAUAUAUCAUUACAAGUAACACACAUGGGUCUAUUUCGUCCGAAUAGCAAAAUUGGACAGGAAGUAAAACGAGGCACUGAUAAUAAGGACAUUGUAAAAGCUGUUGUACAGGACCGCUAUAAGGAGCUGGGCAGCAUGACUUGCCAUGAGAUUCAGGUCGCUUUUAUGUUCACCUUUAUGGUGUUUCUUUUAUUCACCCGUAAGCCAGGCUUUAUUAAAGGCUGGGGAGAUUUACUUAAUGCCAAACCUAUUGGAAGUUCUUGUCCGGUCUGGUUACCCGUCGUUUUGUGCUUUGCGCUGCCCACACAGUACACUUUCUUCAAGUAUUGCUGCGGUUCAGCACCAUUUCCGGGUCGUACCAUGGAUGCUCUACUAUCUUGGGAAUAUCUGCAUAACAAUACACCAUUUGGUUUGUGCUUCUUGCUAGGUGGUGGCUUCGCUUUGGCUGAAGGCAGCAAGUUAAGCGGCAUGGCUAAAAUGUUGGGCGAUUCAAUGGGAUUUGCUGAAAAAAUGCCGGAUGUUUGUGUACAGGCUUUGACAAUUUUCCUUGGACUUUUUUGUACCGCUUUCAGCUCGAAUGUGGCCAUUUGUAACAUACUCAUUCCCAUAUUUUGUGAAAUGGCACUGAAAAUUAAAAUGCAUCCAAUGAACUUGACUCUGCCACCCGCUCUGGCGAUCAGCUUGGCCUAUCACUUGCCUGUUAGCACCCCACCGAAUGCCAUAAUAUCUGGAUAUGCAGGAAUCAAGACAAAGUAUUUGGCAAUAGCUGGCAUCCUACCCACUAUUUGGGCUUUUCUACUGGUUUUACUCAAUGCCAUUUCAUGGGCAAAAAUAAUUUAUCCCGGUAGCACUAAAUUUCCAGAAUGGGCUGAAGGCUUAUAAGCCAAAAUAAAAUCACAGACAAUACAUUAUGUUAUUAAAUUAAUUAAAUGAACAUUCCAAAAAUAAAAAAAAAAUUGAAAAAAUAA